AUGCAUUCGUCGACAUUUUUUCGUGAUAGUUUGAAGUCUUCACCAUUUGUCUCGUUGAUGAGCAAACGUACAUUUGAUGAACCAAAAUCACCACCAAGUCCUCUAUCACCAGGACAACAAAAACGUGUUCGUUUUCUUGUUGAUAGUAAUAAUGAUCAAUCAAUUGAUGAUCAUCAAUCAUCGAUUUUAUUUCGACAAGGAGGAAUAGGAACACGUGCUGGUAAUAUCAGUGCAUUUGAUGAAAUGGAAAAUACUCGGCGAAUAACAUCGAACUUUCUCUUCAAUAAUACUAGUAAUUCUUAUGAUUUUGGAGUAAUGACACAAACUGGUAUUGAUCAACCAAUGGAUAGUGCUGAUAGUUCAAAUAAUAAUUUUACUUUUAUUCAAACAACUCAACGAACAAAUCAUGCUAAUGAGAGUGGAAAUGAUGGAACUUGGUUGACAGUAUUUGGUUUUCGUACGAGUGCUGAUGCUCGAACUUUGAUAGAUGAAUUUAGUCAAUUUGGUGUUAUAGAAAAAUUUGUGACUGUCGAUGAAUCGAAUAUAUUCCAUGUUAAAUUUGAAACUCGUCUUCAAGCUCAACGUGCUCUGAAAAAACAUGGUCAUAUUUUUGGUCAAAUAAUGAUUGGUGUACGAUAUUGUACUGAUAAAGAUGUUAUUGGACUCAAGCCACAAAGUAAUACUAAUAUUUAUCUAGAAAAUCCAUUUCUUAUACGACAUCGACAUCGUUUAGGCACUUUGUCGUCAGCACCACUAACAGUUCAAAAUUAA